ACGCGGAAACUAGCAAUGACGGCCCGCCGGAAAGAAUACACUCGCGAAUCGACCCCGAUUUUUGCAUCAUUCAUUGGAAAGAGAUGCUAAGAGUUUUGUGCACCCGUUUGACCUUGCGACAUUCGUCAGCGGCAGUGCAGUCUUCAAGUUCAGCGAUGCGUGGAGUUUGUGGAUUGAUCUUGGGCUGGUACCUAUGCCUGCGCGAUUUGAAUUCCGUUCUAUAUUCUCCUUGUUUGAAAAAUGUGUCAUCUUCGAGAAAUCAACCGAUGAAUCAUCGGAUGGUGAACUAACUUCCGAUGUCCAGAUGGGCAACGGUAGUUCGCAAUCCAUCGUGCUCGGAUCUCCGAGACUCCAGGCAUCAUAUCCGAUCAGAAAUGGCUACCAUUAUCAAAGAGGAGUGCCAAAAUAUGUCCAUCCACAAAACAGAGUACUUCCAAAACCCAUUGCUGGUCAACGUUUACGGAGUACUGACAACGGCAGCAUCCUUCAGACGGCAGGUACCAUCAGAGGCCAGCGCCGGGAUGACAACAACAAGGAGGAUAAUACGGAUUCAGAAAUGAUGGGCAUCUUGCGGAAGCGUUCGGAAAUGAUUGAGAAAGAGAAUGAUUGCUACCAUCAUCUGAACCUCCGUAACCACCGCUUAUUUCACAGCGAUCCAGACAUAGCACGAAGAAAUGGGCCAAGUUCUUAUGCUGUUGAAGAAACUGCCGACAUAUAUGGUAACAGACGAUUUUGUGGAGGUGGUGCUGCUGUUCGUGCGAGCAAAUUAAAAUACAAAAAGAAGGCUCGUGCCCCGGAUCCUCCACCUACUGGAAGCAGUUUAACGAAGCAGUUUGAAAAAAGACCUCAAAACAACCACAGUGGAGAUGAGAGACAAAACCAAAAAAACUCACCUUGCAAGUGUCUUAACAAAACUAAAGCUCCUCAGCCUCCAGCGAUAGUAAUUCAUCCCCCUCCUCCACCACCACUUCCUACGACAGUAACAACAAGAACAAAGACCAAUACCUUGCAAACGUCAAAUUCUAAUGGCACGUCUAGGUCGCCUUCUGUCACCAGAGCAGUAGAAUGUCACGAACCAAAACCGAAUUACGAGAAAAAUGUCCAUCCACUCGAAAAGUGGCGAAACUAUCGGAGCACUGGAGACAUUAGGCUUGACGAAGAAAAUGAAUUUCCAGCGUCUAGAACCACAGUUUUUGACAGCAGAAAACUUUCUGAAAGCCAAAGCAAAAUACCUUCUUAUCUUCCUCAACGACCUGAUCCUUUCCAAAAAGAAAUCCAAGCUGUCACAAAGAAAAUUGCAGAAAGUAAACUAGCAAGCAGUGAUAACACGGACACCAAAAUGGAUAAAAUUGAAUCUUCUAAUGAUAACAAAAAGGAAAAUAAAACUGUCUCGCCACCAAAGUUCUAUUUUGCAGACACUGGUGUUUUCAAAUCUAGAAACUCUAACCAGAAAUCGGAUUCCACAGGUGCAAAGUUCCAUUCAACAGCGUCUGAGAAAACCACACAGUCUGCAAAUGUCCAAAAAAAUUGUAACAGCCAAAACGAAGCAAAUGAAAAACGGAAUCGAGAUGUACCUCAGGAGUGUACGACAGUAGAUGAGAUCGUCCCUUCCUUGCAAAGGUUCUCCCCGGGAAGACGAAGAUUCAAGUCUCCAAGCAGGAGUUCGACUCCUACGCCCUUGCAGAAAGCAGAAAAGGAAUGGGAAAAGCUAUCAAAGAAUGUGUUUCAUAAGCAAGAUGAUGAUUCCGACAUAGAUAUCAGGUUAAGGCCUGUGCCGCCUAGGAAACCUCCAGAAUUACCUAAGUUCUCCCCAUCGGAAGCUUGGCAGGCUCUAGGGUCUGAUGGGCUAGGUAGUAGCAAUCAAUCUACAAGCGAUGACGGCCAUGAAUCUGUACCUCCAUAUAAGAAAGGUCUUGCUUCACGUAACCAAACUGAAGAUAGACCUCGCAGACUAUCUGACAUGACAUUUGGAGCAUAUGAAAACCGAAAUAGUGACGUGUUUAAACAUCGUAGUAUGAGCGACAGUCACUGGACUCCUAGACAGGACUUAAUGGAUGAUUCCGAUGUUAGCAGCGAAGAUAGCGAAGAAGCAGUUAUACCAAGAAUCCGACCUAAUCCCGGUGAAAUUUCUACGAGGUUUUCUUUGCCAACUGUAAUGUUUUCUAACAUGAGGCCUAUAGGUUCUGAACUGAAAUCCAGUACUCCUCAGUCGUCUUAUAUGAGUGACAAUUCAAAAAAUAAACAGCCGAAGAAAAAAACAUUCAAGCAUGUGGAUACUACCUCUGAUCAAAGCGUUGCACCUGGCUUCAGGCGAUUCCUUAGCAAAAGAAAUAAAUAUCCAAGUGAGGAAGAUGUAGCUGUCUCAGAUUCCAAUUGGACAUUCGGACAGUAUGGUCUUCAAAAGCGGGGGAAGCAAUAUUCUUCGGAUCUCAUACUAUCAGACAAAAAGAAAUAUGAACUGCUGGUAAAAAGCAAUCUCAGCGAUUUUUUAGGGGAUAUACUUGUCACGAAAGCCAACGAUAUGAGAAAUCAAAUGAAGUCUUCCGAUUCUGGCAAUUCUAACUUUUCAUUUUACUCUACUGAGGGUCAGAUUAUGUAUUUACCCGAAAAAGGUGGAUUUGUAAAAGAGGAUGAGUGUUCACCUCCCACUAAAGGUAGGGUAUAUAAUAUGAGACGUAGAUUUGAUGCCAAUAUUGAAACUCAAAGACCUAAUUUUGGCAUCAAAAACAGUAAGAAAAAAUCUAAUCCCGUAGAUAUAGACUUGGGUCGAAAGAGAGAUUUGGAACUUGCCAAAAUGUUGGAAGAUGAGGUGAGAAAAAGGAGAAACAAGGAAAAGAUCACGAUACGACAACAACUACAAAGAAUGAAAGAUCUACAUUCUGAUGACGAAGAAGAUGAUGACUUUGAUGACGAAGCGUACUUUACAGAACCGAAAUCAAGGGAAGAAUCUCAAUCACCUUUCUUCAUAUCGGGUCAUCCGAGACAUUCAGCAACAUCUGAAAUGGGAAUAAAGGCUUCUCCAUUUCGAAAUAUAGGAGGUGUAACUGCAACUGAUUCUUCACGCUUAAGUCAUUGGCAAAGUUCGCCAGCUCUACUAGAGGAUAACAUUUUAAAGAAAGUUGUUCAGCCUAUGAAUAAAGGUCGAUUCUCCUCUUCCUCUGUGAUGAGUUCCCCAGAGCCAGAAACAUGGCUUCAGACGAGAAAAGUUGUCAACUCAUGGCUAGAAAGACAACGAAAUUUAGAUGCUGAAAAUGCGCAGAAGACUCAAAAUCCUCAUGGUUUCGGUCUUGCAUCCAGUUCUAAUUGCAGGUUAGCAACUUCAGCUGGAGACCUCGCCAAUGAUGGAGAUAUAAGUUCUUCACCAACACCAGUUCCACAGAAGAAAGAGAGAAGAAAAACGAACAUCUACAAACAGCUAAUGGACAUAGUUCGCAAAGAAGAAAAACACCUUAAAAAAUCGCA